CUGGGGGAUACGAGAACAUCGUCGAAACAACAUCAACUUCAUAAUAAACGUUCUUUUAGAUACUCUAAUCUUUUCAUACAUUCUUUUCUUUCUCUAAUAUAAUAAUGCCAAUGCCGGGUUCGACUAAUCAAGAGCCUUUGGCAGAGGCAGAAACAAACAUGCUGCAGCGAUUAGAACAAUUACAAAUGCAGACAUCCAACAUUCUUAAAAAGCUGCAUUCCACCACGACCUUCUCGGAAACUUCAUCGGCUGAUCAUGUAAACAAGAAUGAUACCGUUGCUGAAAGCUCAUUGUCCAAGAUGCCUACCGACAAUAUUGAUUCAAUUACCGAGGCGAUGGUUAAUGUGAAAAUAAAUGAAGAUCCAAAAACGCAAGAGUCUGCUAAUAACUCGAUUAACCAGGACACUCCUUCUCUAGAUCAACAAGAAACCCCUCAGAUACCUGCUACCAUUUCACCCAGCAAAACGAAGGUUAAAGCUCGAGCUAUUCGACCUUUUGCUAAGUCGCCUCAGGAAUCGCUUCCGGCAGAUCAACCUCAACGAACUGUACCAUCUCGCUUGUCUGGUCGUCUUUCCAAUGGCGUUCAAAGUUCAAGACUUUCAUCCUCGGGAAUUUCUCCGUCACCAGUACGUCCUCCAUCUUCGUUAGCUUCCCGGUCUUCAUUUCCUUCAUCAACCAGUCCUAAAGUCUCACUUUCUACUCCCAAAUCGCCGGCUAUGGUAAACCCUCAAGUUGCUAGAUCCAGAUCUUCCUUGGGUGUUCGUCCUCCCUCCAGAAUCACCGUCAAUUCUAUCUCCAGUGUACAAGAUACUACACCUAAAGUACAAUCUAAACCUUCCACUGGAGCAAAUGUUUCUUCCCCUUCAGUUUCUCCCAAAGUCUCUGCUAGGCGAACUAGUGGGGUCUCCAUUGUUCGUCCUGCCACUCGGGCUGGAACAACACGGCCAAUGUCACGCACGAUGGGCCCCUCCUCUGUAGGAAUACGUGAAAAUCAAUCUACUUCCCAGUCUCCUGCUGUCCCAAAGGCAAAAACCAACGCCCGUGCAAAUAUCCUUCGCCCCUCUACUUCUGCUUAUACCGUACGUCCAGGUUCCAGAAUCCUCCGUGAUCCUGACACAUCUCGCGAUAUGGCUAGACAUCCUCCAAAUUCUUCUCUGCGUACCAGCUCAUCCCUGGGCGUUCGUUCUCCACCUACGAGUACAGCACAUAGAUCACCGUCGAGACUAGAGCAAACGGGAGCAAGUAUCAAGAAUUCUAGUGCUAAAAUAGUAAGACCUUCAACUGCAGCUGACGUACGAUCACCAUCAAGGAGUACUUCUGCUACUAGAACACCUUCUCGAUUAGGACAAACUGGUGCUGCUUUAAAAAACCCAAACAUUAAAGUCCUUAGACCAGGAACUGCUGCUGGGGUACACUCUUCUGCUAGAAGCAUUGUCCCAAGAGCACCAUCUAGGUUGGAACAAACGGGAGCCACAAUAAAAAAAUCUAAUGUUAGGGUAAUGAGACCCGGAACUGCCACUGGGACACGUUCACCUUCUAGGGUUGCUGCACCAAGAGCACCGUCGAGACUCGAACAGACCGGGCCUGAUACUAAAAAAUCAAAUGUCAAGGUUGUGAGACCCGGGACUGCUGCUGGGAUACGAUCUCCUUCUAGAGCCGCUGCCCCAAGAGCACCGUCCAGGCUUGAACAAACAGGUGUUAUUGUAAAAAACUCAAGUGCUAAGAUAAUGAGGCCGGGUACUGCCUCUGGCGUACGAUCUCCAUCACGACUUGCACAAACUUCCGUUCCUUCAAAAACUCCAAUUAAUGGAGUUCGAGCAAGAGCUUCAAAUAUAGAGCGGCCUGCAUCCUCAUUACGAAUUCACGCUCCUUCUCGUUCUUUACAGCGUCCGUCUAUCAUUCGCCCAACCACCUCUUUGCAACGAGAGCGAAGCAAAGUUCCAGGAAUUUCCAGUCCACUGCCGGAAGAUGUCGAUGUAUCUAAAAAGCCCGAGUCCAACGAAUCAUUAGACCUCAACAAAAUAAAUUGACAGCAUACCUCUUCUUUUAAUGUUUACGACCAAGUCUCUUUUAGGUGGUUUAUUUUAUACGAGUGUUAGUAAUAGUCACUUCAUUUUAGCAUAAUCAUUCCGUACAAUCAAUGUGAUAAUUUCUUGUUUGAACCCUUUACAACACUUUUCUCCGUUAUUUCAAUCAAUCUAAAUUAGAAUAAAUUUGAUGUUUUAC